ACCCAAUCACUCAACCCGUCUCCCUCACAUCUCCGUCUCAUUUAUCACCGUCGCCCUCUCUGCCAUCUCCACAUGAAUCGCCGUCGCCUUCGCUGCCAUCUACCGUCUCUCUCUCACUCUUCGGAUUCAAACAGUGGCACAUCGCGCAGUUGAAUGGUGGCGUUUAGUGCUGGCUAGUGGCUACUGAGUUUAUGGUGGCUGUUUCAAAUUCUCAGCACUUUCAAGUUUCAAGAGUGGCUGCCAUUUAUUCCAUUUCAUUUAUGUUCAAGUGUGCAUUAUUGACAGUGGAGCAAACAUUUAUUCCCUAUCUUUUUUACUCAAUUUUGAAGUUGCAAUACAUUAGAAUGUGUGAAAUGUCUGCAACCUUUUAAAGAAUUGAGGUGUUGCAAAGUGAUUUAUACAUUGUUUUUUGUUGUCCAAGCGUUUUAUGGACCGAAUCGGUCCACAUAAAAUUUUGGUCCGGUCCGGUCUUCGGUGGACGGAGGGUAUUGGUGAAGCAGCACAGCCAUGCUACACCGUUCCCAGCACCAUCAAAACAAGCAGCCAAAUCUAGCUUUGUCACAUGGGAUUUUAACAAGGAUGAAGAAGAAACAACAUUUGCUCAUGCACUCCGUAAAUGUGUGGAGGCUUCAAACUUAGGCUAUGUCAAAGCAAUCCACGCAAAGCUCCUAAAAAAUCCCUGGAUAGCUUCAUCAGUGUAUAUCCACAACCAUGUCAUCAAUGCAUAUGUGAAAUGUGGGGAAAUAUGGGGUGGACACAAACUUUUUGAUGAAAUGCCGCAGAAAAAUAUUGUGUCUUGGACAGCCCUCAUUGCCGGUUUUGUGCAGAAGGGUUUUCCUAUUGAAGGGUUCUCUACAUUUUUCAGGAUGCACAACAGUGGAAUAACACCGAACAAGUUCACCUUUGUGAGCGCUCUUCAUGCAUGCUCCUUUUCGGAUUGUCUGAGCUUGAUACAUCUGCUUCAAGUGUAUGGGUUGAUUGUUAGGCUUGGUUUUGAGUCUAACGUUUAUUUGGUGAAUGCUUUCUUGACGGGUUUAUUAAGGCAUCAUAGAUUAAAAGAAGCGAAAGAGGUGUUUGAGAAUUGUUCAUAUAAGGAUAUUGUGACCUGGAAUGCUAUGCUUGAUGGGUAUGUGCAAUUUUGCCCCUCUGAGUUGCCAAUUUUUUGGUUAAAAAUGCUAAGAAAUGGCGUGGAACCUGAUAAAUUCACUUUUUCAAGUGUACUUACGGGAUUGGCUGAACUUCCGUGCCUUAAAAUGGGUGUGCAAGUUCAUGCUUGGCUCGUCAAGUGCGGACAUGGGAACGAAGUGUGUGUGGGGAACUCUUUGGUGGAUAUGUAUUUAAAAUCUCAAAGGCUUAGUGAAGGGUUGAAGGCAUUUGAGGAGAUCCCAUCAAAAGACGUUCGCUCCUGGACUCAAAUUGCUGGGCUUCUGUAUCAUGAGGACCCAAGCAGUGCUCUUCAAGUCAUUGGAAGGAUGAGAGCGGCUGGUGUGAAGCCUAAUAAAUUCACUUUUGCAACUGCACUCAAUGCAUGUGCCAAUCUGGCAUCUUUGAAAGACGGCGAGAAGUUCCAUGGCUUGAGGAUCAAACUGGGGGACGAUAUCGAUGUUUGUGUGGACAAUGCAUUGCUUGACAUGUACGCAAAGUGUGGGUGCAUGAGUGGUGCUUCGAUGGUUUUCAAAUCAAUGAACGGGCGCUCUAUCGUUUCGUGGACAUCAAUGAUAGCCGGGUACGCACAAAACGGAUGCCCAAAAGAAGCCCUCAAGAUCUUCCACGAAAUGAGGAGAGAAGAGGUGAAACCCAAUGACAUAACCUUGAUUUGCGCACUUUAUGCUUGUAGCCAAGGAGGCCUUGUCGACGAAGGGUGGAGUUUGUUCUCCUCAAUGACCCAUGAAUAUGGGAUUGUCCCUUUAGAAGAUCAUUAUGCAUGUAUGGUGAAUCUACUCGGUCGCGCUGGACAUAUAAAGGAAGCCCAGGAAUUGAUUCUGGGCAUGCCAUUCCAGCCCGGUUUGUUGGUCUGGCAAACCUUGCUGGGGGCGUGCGUGCUUCACGGGGACACAGAGACAGCUCGGCGAGCUGCAGAGAGAGCAUUGCGUAUUGACAAAAACGACCCUGCAACCUAUGUGUUGUUGUCAAAUGCAUUUGCUGGUUUACUCAACUGGGAAAAUGUUGGGAGUUUGAGGGAAAUCAUGGGCAGCAGGGAUGUCAAGAAAACUCCUGGUUCCAGUUGGCUUCAAAUAAACAAAGGCAAGUCUCUACUUGAAGCUGUAGUGUAGGUCCUGAGGGGUGACCUUUAUUCCAUGUUUAAUCGUAAUCCCCCGAUUCGUUAUCCGUUCCAAAAUAAUCGUCUUAGUACCAGUACCAUUUUGGCAUCAUCAUUACUUUUGUUUAUUUUUGUUUUAAAAAUGUUGUCACAUCUUGUUUCAUUCUGUGUAACUUUUGAUGUCAUUUUUGAAAUAUUAACUUGUAAUUUUUAUUUCUAUACCAAUUUGUAAAUAUAAUAAGUUUAAAGAAGAUGU